AUGGCACUGAAUGAGCAGGGGGAAUAUACCUAUAGAUACAAAGACCUCUCUCAUCCUAUAGAGUUUUUGGAUGCCUUUAGGACGUUCUAUCUUGAAGGGUUAUUCACUGAUAUUACCCUUCAGUGUGCACCGGGUGUGCUGUUCCAUUGCCAUAAAGCUGUACUAGCUGCUUGUAGCAACUAUUUCAAAGCCAUGUUUACUUCUGACAUGAAAGAAAAGUCAAAGGAUCAGAUUCAUCUUUCUUUGUUCAGUCCUACAAUACUGGAAUCCCUGGUGAUGUACACGUACACAUCAGAGAUCCAGAUAACAAAACAAAAUGUUCAAAGCCUCCUUCAAGCUGCUGAUCAUCUUCAGUUUACUUCCGUCAAAAAAGCCUGUGAGCAGUUUCUCAUCAGACAUUUAGACCUUGACAACUGUUUAGGGAUGCAUGCCUUUGCAGAAUUCCAUGUCUGUUCCGAGCUGGAGAAGGAAUCCAGAAGGAUAAUUUUGUCCAGAUUUGAAGAAGUAUGGAGACGGGAAGAAUUUCUAGAGAUUAGCAAGGAGAAACUCCAGUUCAUUCUCUCCAGAAAGAAUCUUGAUAUAUGGAAAGAAGAAGCAAUGAUAGAGCCCAUUGCCAAGUGGAUUGCCUAUGAGGUGGACAGCAGGAUUGAACAUAUUUAUGAUCUGUUGAGGUGCCUUGAAAUUGAUUUAGAUGAAAUGUACUUGAAGUCAGCCCUCAGCUUAUACAAGACAUGCCAGUUAAAGGAAAAUAAAAUCAGAUCUCUAAUACGUAGUGUAUUGGGCCCCAAGCCAAGAGCAGUUACAAAAAGAUCUACCACUAUUAUGUAUGUGAUUGGGGGCUAUUACUGGCACCCUUUGUCUGAAGUCCACAUAUGGGACUCAGUAAACAACAUUUGGGUCCAGGGAACAGAUAUGCCAGAUCACACACGAGAAAGUUAUGCAGUCACAAGCCUGGGACCCAAUAUUUACGUGACUGGAGGUUACAGAACAGACAAUAUAGAAGCCCUUGAUUUAAUGUGGAUAUACAAUUUUGAAACCGAUGAAUGGAUUGAAGGCCAACCCAUGCUUAAUGCAAAAUACUACCACUGUGCAGUAACCUUAAGUGGCUGUAUCUAUACUCUGGGAGGUUAUCGAAAAGGGGCUCCGGCUGAAGAAGCGGAAUUCUAUGAUCCUUUAAGAAAGAAAUGGUUCCCAAUUGCAAACAUGAUUAAAGGUGUUGGAAAUGCCACUGCCUGCGUCCUGAAUGAAGUCAUCUAUGUCACCGGAGGCCAUUAUGGUUAUCGGGGAAGCUGCACUUAUGAUAAAAUUCAAACAUAUAAUUCAGAUAUUAAUGAAUGGAGCAUAAUCACCACAAGUUCUUACCCAGAGUAUGGAUUAUGUUCCAUUGCAUUGGAAAACAAAUUGUAUCUUGUGGGCGGUCAGACGACAAUCACAGAUUGUUACGAUCCUGAGCAAAAUGUGUGGACUCAAAAGGCUGAUAUGAUAGAAAGAAGGAUGGAAGGCAGUGCAGUCGCCAUGAAUGGAUGUAUCUAUGUGACAGGAGGCUAUUCCUCUUCCAGAGGUUCUUACCUGCAGAACAUUGAGAAAUAUGAUCCUGAAAGUAAUAAAUGGGAAAUUGUGGGGAAUCUUCCUAGUGCUAUGCGUUCCCAUGGUUGUGUAUGCAUAUACACCCUGUAUGAUGAAGCAAAUGUCACUUCUGUGACUGUAACUACAACAUGA